AAGUCAUCAGUCGGUCGGUCGGAUAGGACAGGAGAGGAGACGACAGAGGCGGACUUGCUGUUCCUCGGCGGCGUUGACCAAACUUGACAGUUCCGCAACAUUCCUGACUCGUCCGCACCUUGUCUGUCUCGUGGCGGCUCGUCAUUCCAAUUUUAUUUAUUUAUUUAUUUUUUUUUUUAUAAACUUCCUCCUCCUCUGAGGCGGGGAACUCGUCUCUCCUUUUGGGAACGUCGAGGACGUCCCGGCAAACGAUCCAGGAGCGGUCUUCACGCAGGUGGUCCCCGGAAAACCAAACAGCAGCUUGACGAUGAACCCGAAUGUGGCCUGUCUGGUCAUUCAGUUCUUGUUGCUGGGCGCCGGUCAGGCUUCCCCGUGGACGUCCCCGCCCGUCAAGUCCGACCACCCGUUCCUGUUCAUGUGGAACGCGCCCACGGAGUUGUGCGAGAGUCGCUUCGGCCUCCCGCUCGACCUGUCGCACUUCCACCUGGUGAGCAGCACGCUCAAGUCGGCCACCGACCAGAGCAUCUCCAUCUUCUACAACGACCGCUUCGGGAUCGUGCCGUACGUGGACGAGGACACGGGCGAGUUCGUGGACGAGGGCCUGCCCCAGCUGGUGGAUCUCAAGGAGCACCGUGAGCUGGCCGAGGACGACAUCGAGUUCUACAUCCCCGUCGAUCAGCCGGGCCUGGCCGUGCUGGACUUGGAGGAGUGGCGCCCGCAGUGGGUCCGCAACUGGGGCGGCAAAGACAUCUACCGGCAGAUCUCCGUCGAGAGGGUUAAGGCCAGGAACGGCAGCUUGUCCGACGACGAGGCGGAGGACCGUGCCAAGAUCCUGUUCGAGCGCGCCGCCCAACGCUACUUCCUGCGCUCGCUGCGCAUCGGGAAGCGGCUGAGGCCCAAACGGCUGUGGGGCUACUACCUGUACCCCGACUGUUACAACUAUGACUACAACCAGGACAUGGACGAGUUCACCGGCGAGUGUCCGGACAUCGAGAAGGAGCGCAACGAUGACCUAUUGUGGCUUUGGGGCGCGUCCACCGCUCUCUACCCAUCCAUCUACCUGGAGGUGGCGCUGCGGGACUCGGCCCAAGCGCGACGCUUCGUGCGCCAUCGCAUGGUAGAAGCCGUCAGAGUUUCGACACUUGCCAACGGCUCGUACUCCGUCCCAGUCUAUGCCUACAUCCGUCCAGUCUACAAGGACAGCACGGAUGAAUACAUGUCGGAGAUGGAUCUGGUCAGCACCAUCGGCGAGGCGGCCGCACUCGGUGCCGCCGGCGUGGUUUCCUGGGGCGACAUGAACGUCACAGACAGCGAGGACUCGUGUUUCGACGCUCGGCGCCACCUGGUCGAUGUGAUGAACCCGUACAUCCUCAACGUCUCCACGGCGAGCAGGCUGUGCAGCGAGGCGCUCUGCCAGAGUCGCGGCCGCUGCGUACGCAAGCGCUGGGACGACGACGUCUUCCUCCACCUGGACCCGCGCCGCUACCGCAUCGAGCGUCGCCGCGGCCCGCUAACGGUGAGCGGCGGCGGCCCGUCCCGGGACGACGUCGAUUGGUUUGACCGCCAUUUCGAUUGCAUGUGUUACGACGAGUCUCCGUGCCGCUCGGUCGAGACGUUCAACGCCGUCCAGGACGACCCCUUCCACGCCGGGAGUCGCUCGAGCGGGCGUCGCCCUUCGGUGGGCUCGUACUUCCUGCUGAUGGCCGCUGCCACGAGUUUGCUCGGAGCCCUGUUGGGAUGAUGUCCCUCGUUUUCUGCAUGGAGUCGCUCGCAUAUUUGCGAAUUCUCGUCCUUUUGAUUCUGUUGACAUCGAAUCACGGUCCUCUGUUGCUGUUUUACUAUUUAACUUGUUUUAUUAGUGCCUACUUCACAUUUUACUGGCUUUUCUUGUGCCACUAUUUAAUUCAAAGUGUAUUUCAGUCUUGGUCUGUGCGCCGUUGUAUUUAUUGGUCUAAAAUAUUACAGUGUGACUGAAAGUGCACAAAUGUAAUGUUAAUAAAGGUUUAUCU